AGAAUCAUUGACAGCGAAAAGAAAGAAAAUUAAAGGUUAAGCAUAAUCAUAGAAAAUGGAAUGCAAGUGCAACACCUUUCGCAUUGCAGUUGCUUUGGUUCUUUUGAUUAGCACGUGGAAUGUUGAUUGCACAGAAACUGUUGAAGUUGAUCCCAUUAUUGAUGUUGCUUCGCUGAAUCGAGAUAGUUUCCCUCCAGGUUUCAUCUUUGGGGGAGGAUCCUCAUCAUACCAGUUCGAAGGUGCAGCAAAGGAAGGUGGUAGAGGACCGAGUAUAUGGGAUACCUUCACCCAUCAAUAUCCAGAAAAGAUAAUGGAUGGAAGCAAUGGAGACGUGGCCAUUGAUGCAUAUCACCGUUACAAGGAAGAUGUUAAUAUUAUGAAGGAUAUGAAUUUGGAUUCAUACAGAUUCUCGAUUUCUUGGUCCAGAAUACUGCCAAAAGGAAAGCUAAGUGGAGGUAUAAAUCAAGAAGGAAUCGACUAUUACAACAACCUCAUUAACGAGUUAAUAGCUAAUGAUAUACAACCAUUUGUAACUCUUUUUCAUUGGGAUCUUCCCCAAUCCCUAGAAGAUGAAUAUGGUGGCUUCCUAAGUCCUCUCAUAGUUAAAGAUUUUCAAGAUUAUGCGGAACUUUGCUUUAAAGAAUUUGGAGAUAGAGUUAAGUAUUGGGUUACAAUAAAUGAGCCAUGGAGUUACACUAAUAAUGGCUAUGCAAAUGGAAAAAUGGCACCUGGACGUUGUUCUAGUUGGAUAAAUCCAAAUUGCACUGGGGGUGAUUCUAGUACUGAGCCCUAUUUGGUUACACAUUACCAACUGCUUGCUCAUGCAGCAGCAGUCCGUGUAUACAAGACCAAGUACCAGGUAUUUCAAAAGGGUUUAAUAGGAAUAACCUUGGUUGCUAAUUGGUACUUACCAUUCUCAAAUACCAAAGCUGAUCAAAAAGCUACUGAAAGAGCAAUUGACUUUAUGUAUGGAUGGUUUAUGGAUCCAUUAACAUUAGGAGAUUAUCCAAAAAGCAUGCGAGCUCUUGUGAGAACACGAUUACCAAAGUUCACUCCAGAGCAAGCUAGGUUACUCAUUGGUUCAUUUGAUUUUAUUGGACUAAACUAUUAUUCUUCAACCUAUGCCUCUGAUGCACCUUAUCUAAGCAAUGCUAGACCUAGCUAUUUAACAGAUGCUUUAUUCAAUCCUGCAUUUGAGCGAGAUGGGAAACCGAUAGGCAUAAAGAUUGCUUCUGAUUGGUUGUAUGUUUGUCCAAGAGGAAUUCGUGAUCUUUUAUUAUAUACUAAGGAAAAGUAUAAUAAUCCUUUGAUUUACAUCACUGAAAAUGGCAUAAAUGAAUUUAAUGACCCAACACUAUCAAUUGAAGAAUCUCUUUUAGAUACUUUUAGAAUUGAUUAUCAUUAUCGUCAUCUCUUUUAUCUUCGAUCAGCAAUUGAGCAUGGUGUGAAUGUUAAGGGAUACUACGUAUGGUCUUUGUUCGACAAUUUUGAAUGGUCAUCAGGUUAUACCGUACGAUUUGGGAUGACCUUUAUUGAUUACAAAAAUGGCUUGAAAAGAUAUAAGAAACUCUCUGCAAUAUGGUUCAAGAAUUUUCUCAAGAAAAAAGCUAGACUUUUUUAUUCUAGUUAAUAUUAAAUAAUAUUGUUAUUAGGAGAUUCAUUUGUUAAAUAAUUAUAUUGGUAAAUAUUUUUUAAUUCUUUAUUAAUUGUAUUAUAUGUGUCAUGAGGUCUUAUUCGACCUGAAAUGAAAAAUGAAUAUAUAAAUUUGUUGAUUUUGUAUUUGAUUAUAUCAUGUUAAAUUAUUAA